AUGGCAGCCUUUUUCGAACAGCUAUGGGAAUCCAUCUUCACGGCAGGGCCGACGCCCACGCUCCUGGUCGCGACAAACGCCUCCUUCGCCGCACUCCAGGUCCUCCUUUUCGUCAUGCUCGUUGUGACGUAUAGCAUACACUUUGUCAUCCUCUCCGUCCUAUGUGGAGGUCUCUGGUGGUCAAUCAACUGGUUCGCGGCUGAAAUCAAGGCGGCGCAGGCUAAAGAGGAGGAGGCGAAGCGCAUCAGGGAGGCUAGAAGAAGCGGCAAGGACAGGGGCGACGGUGGGGACGGAGAGGCCAUGGAUACGGGCGACGAUACCGAGGUUGAGCCAGAGGCAGAGCAGAAGCAGACACUCAAGCCCAAGACGCAAUCAUCUCGCGCGCCGCGCCCAGAGACGCAGAGCACCGUGUUUGUGGACAGACCAAGCGGAAGCGAUACACAAAAGACAUCACAAGCUCAGGCCCAGGCUCCUGUUUCUACUGGCAGCGGAGGCCCUACUGCCGCGAGCACGACAGGAACGACUACGAGCCUCGCAGCGCCGGUGGACGAGGCAGUGAAGAGAAGGAAGGGCAUGGGAGAGUCGACGGGCGACAUAUCUACAGACAGCGAGUGGGAUAAACUUUCUGAGGAUUCGGAGGAUAGAUGA